AUGUUAUCUGGACUUGAGUUUUCAAAAAGAUUUUUUGAUUUCAAAUACUCUCUUUUAUUAUUCAUCACGAUAUCUUCAAUGACUACUCCGUCAAGCUUAGCCCUGACAACUUCCGAUUUCCUAUUUUCUGACCUUUGCUCAGUCAACACCACAAGUACAAAGACUUGUUAUAAUGAUUGGAUAUCCCGACCUGGAACUUGUUAUGAAGACUCCUGCUGUGUCAGUUUCGAAACUGCCACGUCAUGGUACUACCGUACAGCUCAGGCAUCACAGGUGGUGUUCAGCUCAAUGGGAUUAGUUGUUUUGACAGUCUAUGCUCUGAAAUAUUCAUCAAAACAUAUGUUACCAAGUAAUGUUCGAGUCUUGGUAAAUAUUAUUCUUAUUCUAAUGUUUACACAUUCAAUUGAUAUGAUUAUUUUUCAUGUCUAUCAUAUAUUCAGAUCCUACAAAGCAGUGGAAUCGGAUCCUUGCUCUGUACGGGUUAAAAUUUCUUUUUGUGCUCCGUUCCGGUACAUUUACUCAUUUUGCACAUUAGGACUUGCUUUCUGCCAGUAUUGCGUCUAUAUUGAUAGACUUUUAUGUGCACUUUACAAAGAGUAUAUCAAAUAUCAGAAGGUUAUUCAGUACCUGCUAGUUAUUCUAUGGGUCAUUGUAACAACUGGUGUCGUUGUUUGGGUUUAUCGAGAUGCAAACCUGGAUGCAUAUCUCCUUUCUUGUCUGAAUGUCCCGUUGGACUCUAUGUUAGACUUAAGUUACGUCACGGCAACAGUGUUCCCAAUAAACAUAGGUUGCUGUUUUUUGUCAAUGGUUAUGUUUCGACAUUUUAAGAAGAAAGAAAAUAAAAGCCGCUUCGAAAUCAUAAGCCAUUUCACUGCAUCAGUUGACGUGGAUUCUUCAGAAUUUCUUUACAUUGUAACCAUCAGCCAAGCCGUGUUUAUAGUGGUAUACCCAGUUUUGUCACUUUCAAUGAGAUAUUUCUACGCGGAAACUUACAGACCAGUUCAUCUCACAAUUGCUACACUUGUUUAUGUGUUCGAUAUUUAUUGUUUCGUUGUUCCACUUGCUAUGGUAAACUACGGAAGGAACCGAACAGAUACAAGAAGAGCGAAAAUUUGGAGCCAUGUGAAAAUCAAGUCCGUUGGAAAGGAAGGAGCCGAUAACUACUUUGGAAUGAUGAAAUCUCAAUGGGAAUAAAAUCGAUAGUAAUGAAUUUAAAACUGCAACUUU